AUGCAACUAAUACUCAAUUUUCUAGGACUUGAUACAUCAUGGUCUUCUUGUGCUUUGUUGUUUGGUUGGUGUAGAAUCCCUCAGCUCUUACCAAGAGGCUCUAGCUUCGAACCUGACUCUUUUAAUAGUUGGAGUGUUGCACACAUGGAAUUGAUCGCAGAGAGGAAGCGAAGCAGCAACAGUUUGGGUUCAGAGAAGAUUAGGAGCAGCAGUUCAUUGGAGAAGGAGAGGUACAGCAGCCAAGGGCAGCAGCAGAGAGCAGAAUCAGCAGGUCAGGGGCGGCAGCAGAGGAUCAGAAGCAGAGAUGGGUUCGAUUCAAUUGCCAAUGAUAAUGAUUCAGACUUGAGUUUGCACCACCCUUGUUUUACUAAAUAG